AUGGCUGAAAAUUAUGAGGUGAUCACUCUAUCUUCAUCUGAUGAAGAUUCUGAUCCACAGGUCAUUUUGCCUAGUACUGCUUCAUCUUCAACUUCUUCUGUGACAACCAAAAUAAAAAGUGAAGUUGGAAAUGCUAAAGUGUCUGAUAGCAGAAUUGUGAUUCCUGCAUACUCUGUGUCUGCAAAUUCAAAGCUUCAAGUGCUAGAUGUAACAAAAUCUUCACUGAAAAAAAAUCACCUGAAUGAGAAUCUUGUUAAGCCGCCAGGUCCUUCUUUUAACGGAAGUUAUGGAAAAACAUUAACAGAUAAUAAAAAUCCUUCGUUCAAAGGCCCAGUUCAAAACACUAUCUGCAAAAGAAGUGCACCUGCAUCUCAUUCCAACUUCACUCAAAAAGUGAACUCUAUAUCCUCAACCGAGACGAGAGAUAGUCGGACUGUAACAUCUGUGAUAAACAAGAACAAUGUAACAUCACAGUCCUCACAGAGCAAAAAUCUUGAUGCUAUUUCAUUAAAACUUUUAAAUAGAAACAAAUCCAAUACAUGCCAAAAAAGUGUUAAAAAGAUUAAUGCAAGAUCCGAGAACAGUAAUGUGUCAAAAGCCUCAUCUGAGAACAGUAAUGUGUCUAAAGCUUCAUCUAGGAACAGUAAUUUGUCUAAAGCUUCAUCUGAGAAUAGUAAUGCGUCAAAAGCUUCAUCUGAGAAUAGUAAUGCGUCAAAAGCUUCAUCUAACCCUGUUUCUUCAAAAAGCAUCCCAUCUGUUCAUCACCAAAGAGAUUUUUCCAAACCAGAGGUAGGGAGCUCAGAUGCCUCUGUGCCUAAUCGGCAUAGUAUCACAAAAGUAUCAGGAAACCCCAAAAAUAAUGUAACUAAGAAUUUUCAAACACUACCGCAUGCUUUGUUAGAUACUCUGAAAAAAGGUGGAAUUAGUGUAGUAAAUGUAGGAAAAAAUCAAGAGUCUAAUGCAUGUGGUAGCAGGAAAAAAGAAACUGUAACUUCCUCCAAAAUUGGUACUUUAGAGUCCAAAGAUGGAUCUCAUAAACUUAUCCACUCUUCUAAAGACAAAAAUUCUUCAUCUAUUACAUAUUCGCUAGCAGACAGUGUUUCUAUAAAGUCAAGCAGUGUAAAGGAAACAAACUCAAAUAAAAAUUUAUUAGACUCGCUUCUACUAAAACAUGAAAUUAAUUCAAGUUGUCAUUCUUUAAGUCAAUUGGGUCAGGUGGAAAUCAUAAGAAAAGACCCUAAUAAGAAACAAUCAACCAUAAAGCCAACGUCUUCUUUUAUGCUUGUUAAUGCAACAAAGUCAAAGAAUGAUGAGUUAUUUAGUGCAAAAUCAGAGUCAAAAACUGUUAUUCCUUUGCCGUAUAAAAAGUUGGAAUUUUCUACUAUAACUUCAAACAGCUCUAAAUCAAAUGAAAAAGAUUGCAAACCUAAAGAUCAAGCCUUUGAAAAGAACACUUCUUCAAAUUUGCCAAAAGUUAUCUUACUUAAUUCAACGGAGAACAGAGCAGAAAUUUCUUCUGAUAGAAAAGGUUGCAAUUUAGUUGGUAAAAGCUCAAUUCCUAGUUCAGAGCAGUCAAACUCUGACUUGAUCAGAGACUUGGAGGAAAAAAGUGACAUUAAAAACAUCUCAGAUGUUAAAAGUGGCCUGAAAAGUACCAAGCAUAGUACAGAUUCAAGUUCCAUAGAUGUAGAAAUGUUAGAUUUGAGCAGUAAAAAGAUUGAAAGCAAAAUCCCUGAUACAUUCUCAUCCGAGCGCAAGGCAAAUCCUGUCCAUAAUUUGGAUUUCAAGCUGGAAGACCCCUGCAAUAAAUCAUUAGUCACCAAUAAAAUGGAUGAGGUAGAAAGAAGUUCAGAUGCUGGUGAAAAAUUAAUGGAUAGGAAUUCUGAAAUGCUUUUAGAAUACUGUGCAUCAGUCAUGAAAGAAACAGAAGAGGAAAAAGCUAAGAUAAUGAAAAAAAUUUGCCAUAGGUUUGAAUCAACGCAAGUUGAAUAUCUAUCAAGUUAUGAAUUCAGUGCAUUGGUGAAAACUACAAAGAAGGACAUUGAAAAAAAUUCUGAGAGCUUAUUUAUCCCGCUCAAUUGUUUAGUCCAAGAACUGAAAGCACAUAAAAGGAGGAAAUCUUCAGAACCAAAAGCAAUUCAAAUUGAAGAUGCUUCCCGGGAAAGUGUUUCUACGAAAGACAGUGUUUCUAGCCAUCUUGCCGUCAAAGGUAAUAAUGUACAAACCAUCCUAGAUAGUGUGGAAAGUGAUGAUUUUUCUCUCUCUAAUGCCUUUGUAAACUUCUCUAACUCUGCCAGUUGUUUGGAUGCAUCAAACUCUUCUGAUUUCUUUAAUAUAUCUGCCUUGCCUGUAGUUUCUGACUCAUCUCCUAUGUCUGUCUGGCCUGAGACUUCUUGUUCUUACAGUGCUAGAGCAAUGUCCAAAAUAUCUAGUUCCUGUGGUGCUCCUGAUUUGAUGAACUCUUCUAACUUUCCGUCUAGCUCUGAACUUAAAUCUUCUGUUUCAUCUGGUGAAGUUCCUUCUCUCUCAUCAGAACUUAAUGAUUUAUUAUUUGCCUGUAAAGAUCAUGCUAAGAAUGUUUAUAAUGAAAAGUAUUCUAAAACUCCUUUUUGCGUUCAAGACGAUAGGGCGAAGAACUCGAAAGAACGUUUGGAGAAACAUGCCGAAAGAUUAGAAAAACUGCUUGAGAAAUAUGACAGAGAAAUUAAAAAACUCCAGCAAAGAGAACUGUCGUUAGAGGACUUAGAUGAAGAAGAUUCUACUUACUUGUUGGAAGAUAGGUAUAAAAGGAAGUUCAUGAAGAUUUGGGCGGAGUUGUGUAAAGUGAAAAAACGUUCUGUUUUAGCUGGAAGGCAGAUGGAAAGGAGAUUUUGUUAUGAAGGUACCAGAUUCACAUCUAUCAACCUAGCAAUUGAAAGGAAGAUAAAUAAACAAAAAUCUACUGAGAAAUUCCCCAAUUACAUUGAAAUCUUAGCGAUAGUAAAAGAUGUAAAUGAUAGAGAGAAUCUAGGAUUAAAUGAAGGCUAUGUAACUGAUUUAGCGAAGAACGUGUUCAAAGAUGUAGGAUGUGAACUGAAAAAGAGGAGGCAGUAUGAUGAUGAGGAGCUAUUAAAUGGCUAUCUUCCUGAAAAUUUCAACCUCAAUGAAGAUCCUGCAGAACAAGAUCAAGCUCUUAGAACUAAGCUGGAAGAAAGUGCUGAAUUAGGCUCCAAACGAAUAGCUCAAGUCAUUGAUGAAUAUGCAGAAAAACAACACCUUCUACCUGAGGAUGGUGAAGAAAAUAUGGAUGUUGGUGAAGAUGAUGAUGAUUCAGAAGAGGAUGGUGAUAAUUUGGAUGAAGCAGAACAUUUUAUUGAAGAUGAGGAUAUUCAGAAGGAAGAUAAACCUGUAGAAGAAGAAAAAAAUUACUUUUCACAGAAGAAGGAAAGUAGUGCUGAUGUAGAAAAAGAUGAUGAUUUUAUGGAAAGUAAAGGAAAGAAAGACACUAUAGUAGAAAAGAAAGAAGAUACCAGUUUAAGAACGACUGCAGAUAAGUGUGUUAAAGAAGUAAUUGAGAGUGAUGACUUACCUGUAACUGAUUGUGAUUCGAAAUCUAGCGAAGACAUUGUUAUUUUGUCAAAAGUUUCUGGAGUGAAAAGUGACGACACUCAUGACUCAUGUCCACCUACACCUGAAUUUCCUUUACUUGAAGCAGCAAGCACAUUAGAAAAAAGUUCUAAGCCUAGUGAAGAUAUUAUUUUGUCAAAAGUUCCUGAAAUGAAAAAUGAACAUACACAAGACUUGUCCCCACCUACCCCUGAAGUUCCUGUACCUGAAGCAGAAAGCACAUUAGAAAACAGUAAAAAUCUGAAUCCAAUUCUAAUAGAUGGUACGGAUUAUAUAUGUGAAGAUGUGAUAAGUAUCGGAUCAGAUAAUGAUGAUUCCUCGGAGUUACCUUCUUUGAGUGAAUUGUUAAGAAAAAAUUCUUGA